GCAGGAAGAGAGAAGGAGAAGAGGAGGUCAGACUGAGGUGAUAUGAGAAGAACUCAACUCGCCAUUACUGGUUCUGAAAGGGAGAGAGGGAGCCGGGAGCUGAGGAACGUGGGUGGCCACUAGAACUGGGGAAUGGGAAGGAAGUGGAUUCUCCUCUAGAACCUCCAGAAAGGACACACGCCUGCCAAGAUUUUCUCACAGUGAGACUUGUGAUGUACAUUGGACCUCUAGCUAUAAAUGUCUGCCUGAAUCAGACCCCCUGCUUGGGCACAGAAUCAUCAACCUGCUGCGCAUUAACCUCCCAAACCGCACUUGGACAUGGUAGUCUUAGGGGACCGGGGAUGCCUUGUAACGCUGGACUCUGCUCUACAAAGAUCACAUAGCUGGGGAUGGAGAGGGAUGUGAGCCUGCGAAACCGAACAGUGCCAUCGCCUGACGCCAACGCUGCUGCCUCUGCUCCCUCCUCUGCUCCAGUCCACCUGGUUCCUGCUGCCCGGUAACUCUGGAUGGUCUCAGUUCGGGGAUUCCCUGCUCUACUCUUCCUGAGCUGAGCUGGGCUCCAGUCUUGUCCCCGCAGCAGACGUGCUUAGGUCCGUGUUGGGAUUUUGGAGCUCUCCAGGCACUUCAGGGAGAGGAGGAUGCAGGAAUAGCUUUGAGCAGAAGAAACUUUCAUGGAUCCCAUCUCCUCUUACCUACAAGGAUCGCUGGAAAUGGGGUCGGGACCUGGGACAGUGCAAAUGGGUGGCAAAUAGGUGCAAUGACUGAGGGGAAAGUAGCUAUUAAACGCAAGCCCCAGUUGAAGGUUCUGGGAACUCCCCCUCCCGCACCGCCACCCCAUUUAAUCUUGGGUCCCAAUUUAAGGCUGUACCGGCUUGUUUCUUACAGGGUGCUCUUUGCCAGAGUAUGGAGCAGCUGGACAGUAAAAUUUGGUUCUUCAGUUUCUCAGGGAUUCCAACUGCAGAGAUAUGUCCUCCCAACUCCCCUUCCCCCCAGCCAGGUAUAAGCAAAAAUCAGGCAUCAGGAGAGAUGCUGAUGGGUUGCACUAUGGGAAAAGCUGUGGUGACAGGUACUGUGAGUCUGUCCUCCAGGAGUCCCGGCCAACAGGUUGAAGGCUCACUGGAUCUUCCAGCAGUCCACUUGGCUGAGGAGGAAAUGAUGGUGAAAGGAAAGGACACGAGCAGCCUGAAGCCAGGAAGCCAGGGAGUUGGAGGCAGAGGCAGGAGCAGAGCCCAGGUCUGUGGGCUCAAUGAACUUGGAACUGCUACAGGUGGUGACAUUGUUCUUCCCUUGCAGAGGGGCACCAUGGGCUUCUGGAAAUUUCCGCCCUUCCUGGUUCUCAGCAUCCUGGUCCUGUACCAGGCAGGCAUGUUCCACACAGCACCCGUGAGAUUGCCUUUGGAGAGCAGCUUUGAUUCUGCCACUCUCACAGAGGAGGAAGUGUCCCUUCUACUGGUUGCAAUGGUGAAGGAUUAUGUGCAGAUGAAGGCCACUGUGCUGGAGCAGGAGUCAGAGGACUUCAGCAUCACUGCCCAGGAGAAAUCCUGCAACACUGCUAGCUGUGUGACCCACAAGAUGACAGGCUGGCUGAGCAGAUCUGGGAGCGUGGCUAAGAACAACUUCAUGCCCACCAAUGUGGACUCCAAAAUCUUGGGCUGACGCCGCAGAGAGCCUCAGGCCUGAGCUGUGAAAUGACUCCACAAAGAAGGUCACCAAGGAACUGAACUCUAUUUCUUUUAAUCUGCAAUGAAAGCAAUUUAUUUGAAAAAUAGCAUGGAAAACACACAUAUAUGCAUGCUUCUUGCUUGAAAUACAGCUUUUAGCUUGAAAUAAACUAAAACUAAAUGCAGAAUAAAAUCAUUGCAGCUACCUGAUAUGUAUCAUUUUAAUAUUUGAUUCUGUAUUCUAUAAGUAUGACUCAUGUCUCGCUGGCUUAUCUGGUAGCAAAUCUGGACCCUGUCAGCCAACCUGUUGGUGGUGGCAGCUCUGCUAAACCUCAGGAGCACAUGAAAUUGCUGCCUUAUCGGUGUCUGUGGACAUAUAGUAAUGCUUAGCCCCUAUGGAACAUAUAAAGAAAUGUUCUCAUUUGUUCACUUCAUCAAGCCAGAAAAUGUAUUUUCAGUACACUUAAAAGGAGUCCCUGCUGCUAUUUAUGCUGUUUCCCCCAUAAGAACCUCAGGGACCUGUGAACACUUGGUUGACCAGGUUGGCUCAAAUGAAGCAAUAACGUGCUUGGGGUGGGUCCUCAGUAUCCUGUACCCUCAGUGUCUAGUGAAACAUCCUUAUGGGAUUAGAAUCCUCUGCAUCUCAGAGAGACAUUCACAUUCUCAGAGGGCACCCUGGUUCCCAGCCCCAGAAGUUAUCUGUUCUCUCUCUCCUUGACUCAGGUUUGCCCUUAUCCAUCCCUGCCUUUCCUCCCCAACAGCUCCUCUUUACACAUCCUAUAGCCUGCAAAACCCUUUAGAGCAAUGGCUCACAGCUUGAAAGGGUAUCACAGACUGGCAGACUUGGAAAGGUCCUCAGAUGCCAUCCAAUCCAACUUUUUACUCUUGAAGUUGCAGAGAAGGAAAAUUAUGUUGCUCAGGGUCCUGCAGUAACUUUACCAGAGAUAUCCCUAUAUUUAAGAAAUAAUAAUUGAGUGUCUGCUAUCUGUUUGAUACUAUCUGGGCUCCAGGAAUAAAGCAAUGAACAGAACAGACAAAACCCCCUGCAUUCAUGGAGCUUAUAUUCUAACUGGAAGAGACUGAGGUGAUACAUGCUGUGGAGUUAGAUACUCAGUAUUGGAAAUGUAUCUGCGAUGUCAAAGGGCCUAAUGUUUCAUGUAGUAUAGGAAUUUCCCAGUAUCAAAAUCCCUGGCAUCUACUGGUACUGCCAAUGGCCAGCAGCUCAUUGUAACAUCCAAUGUGACUGGACAGACAGUUUCACUGGUAGACAGUUCAGUGGUGUUCCUUAGUUGGAAAAGUCAUAUCCUUUUUCCUACUGACUAGUUAUUUCUUUAAAACCAUAGAGAAUUAUGAACCUUGUUCCCAUACAGUCUACAUUCAAUAAAUAGCCCUACCUUAGCCAUAAAGGUAGAUCAGACCAUCUCUCCCUUAGGGAAAAAAUAUUCCAUUAACGCCCCAUCUCAAGAAGUAAACACUAGGGGCACUACAAUGACUUAUAAGGUCCAACUUUAUUUUCCCUUCCUCUCAUAACUAGUCCCAUUACUGGAUGGUCUCAUAUCAUACUUCUUCCUCACAUUGGCCUUCUCGCUACCCCUCAUUCUGUAUCCAUCAGCAUCCUGAAGUAUUUGUACCUGCUGGCAUCUCUCUGCAAAAUGCUUUUACCCAGCAACCCCUUCUUCUCCAGAUCUCUAAUGUCACCUACCCUGACUAUCCUUUUCUGAAACUGUAUCCCAGCCUGCCAACACCCCAACCCUCUUCUACUUUGAUUUAUUUUUUCUCUUUACUAUUCAUUACUUACUAUUAUAGCAUAUAUGUUUACUUAUAUAGUUUACUGUUUAUAUCCUAUGCUGUGAACAGUGUAAAUUUCACAUAGAUAGGAAUAUGGCUAUUGUGUUAAUUUGCUGAAUGCCCUUCACAGAACAGUAUGUUUGCACAAAACAGAACUCAAGAAAUAUUUAUGUAUACAUGUAUGUGAAAAAAAAUUUAAAAAGAAAUAUUUAUUGAA